GCCUUGCUCGCUGCCCUCGCUUGUUCCCAGUUGACAAAGCGAAGGAGAAGCAUACAAGCACAAUCGCCAAAGAAUUCCUUUGAAACAGCUCGCAGUAGAGUUAUCAGCUUCCGCGUUUUGGCAAGACAAGGCUUGUGAUGGCGUUGAAUCUCCCGACGUUGAGGUUGCCGAGCUUCGAUGAAAAUCGAGCCCCGUGGUGGCGGCCUCACUGGUCGAACAUCUUCCCAGCUCGGGCUCAUCGCCACAUCGCGACAGCUUACUGCACCUCGGGAGUACCGGCAUGUUCGCCUCGGCUCAUCGCGCUUCAAUCUCGCCUCGUCGUGACGCCCACGCCCAAAUCCUUCUCACCUGGCGAAGUCCGAUUGAUUUCGCUUCCUCCGCACCUUCUUCCGCCAUUGCGUUCCGCCAUGCCUCGCGGGCCCGUCCCCGCUGGUUCAGCCGCCCGUUACCCCUUCUCGCACGUGCGCCUGUCCUUUCCUGGGUGUUCUUCCGCAACAGCCGCAUCCCCUCUUGCAGCCGUCUCGUCACUAGCCGCGGGAUCCCCCACCGACACGCCCCCUCCGCCGCCGUUCCCGGAACUUUCCGGGGAGGAUCUCCCCCCAGCAGACCCGCCAUGGCUCCGCCUAAUGUCCGCGGAGGCGCUUUCCGCGCCCCCCGUGCAAAUUCUCCAGCUUGAGGCGCGCCCCCUCAACGUGCCUCUCCACGCGCCCUUCGCCAUCGCUUCCGCCACCCUCUCCGCCAUCCCCAACGUCGCCAUCCGCGCUGUGCUCCGCAUGCCCGGUGCAGGGGGGAAGGGGGAUUCGGGGGAAGAGAAGGGGGAAAGUGGAUCUAGGGAAGCGGUAGAGUGGGGGCGGGAAGGUGGAGCGGGAACGGAGGAGAAGGGGGGAAGCGGUGGAGUGAUUGAAGCAGUGGGGUGGGGGGAAGCACCUGUGCUGCCAUCGGUAACCGAGGAGGAUCAGGAGACGAUUCUAAAGGCAUGCGUGCGCGCGCGGGAUUGGGUGGUGUCUCAGCCGCCCAUGCGGUGGCCUGAGCUGCUGCUGCUGCUGGAACGAGUGGUGCUGCCCGGCCAUGGGCUCGCCUCGGCGCGUGCUGGAGUGGAGAUGGCAGUGCUGGACGCCCUAGCAGUGGCGCUCGCGGUACCGCUCUGGCGCCUCUUCUCGCCCUCCUGCCGCCCGCUCUCCACUGAUAUCACCAUUCCCAUUUGUUCCCCAGCCUCAGCAGCGUCUCUCGCUCGCUCCUACUCCUCUCGGGGCUUCUCCUGCUUUAAGAUCAAACUCGGCGCGCUGCCCCCUGCAGACUCGGCAGAAGAACACCUGUUACAGGAACACCUCGUCGAGGAACGUGUGGGUACAGUCACAACAAUACUGGAGGGGCAGGGGAGGGAUGAGACAGAAGGGGGGCGGAUGGAGAGGGAGACGCAGGAGUGGGUUGCGGCGGAAGGGGGCGGGAUGGAGGAAUGGGAGGGGCGACUGGUGGAGGCAGAUGUGGCGAGGGUGGUGGCGGUGCACGCCGCGCGUCCGCGCUGCUGCUUGCUGUUGGACGCCAAUGGAGGUUACCGCACUGCCGCUGCUGUCCUGCACAUGCUCUCAGCGCUUGCUGGGCACGGCAUACACCCCGAUGUGUUGGAGCAGCCGUUCCAUCGCAGCAACUGGCGCGCCAUGCGCGCACUCACUGCCGCUCUCUCCCCAGGCUUCACCCCCGCCACCACCUCUCCCCAUCCCGCUCACGCACCCGCCCACUCGGUGCUUCCUGCUAUCGCCUCCUUUCUCGCCGUAUCGUCGCCUGCUGCUGCUGAACCAGCAACUGCAACAACCGCUUCCUCUUUCCCUCCUAGCUCCACCCAUGCCCAUGCCCCUGCCCGUGCCCCUUCCCAAGCCCCUGCCCCCAAUCAUCUGCAUGCUCCUGCAUCACAUCCUCUCCCAUCCUCCCAGCACCCUCCCAUCACCCUCGCCGCCGCAGCAGCAGCAGCAGCAGCAGUGCCAUUGCCAGUGCCAGCGCCAGCGCCAGUGGUGGUGAUGGCGGAUGAGAGCUGCCGGGGGGAGGAGGACGUGUGGCGGAUUGUGCGGGAGGGGGCAGGUACUGGCGUCAAUGUGAAGCUGGCCAAGACGGGCGUGCUGGGGGCUCUGCGGGUCGUUGCUGCCGUGCUCCAGGCUAACCGUGCCGCCGCCGCUGCUGCCGCUGCUGCUGCUACCGGUGGUGGUAGGGCCGGUGCAGGGAGCACGGAGUGUGGGUGUGCGAGAGCAAUAAGAGGGGACAGUAGCGAGGCGAGGCCGAGGGGUGAAUGGCAGGAGGCAGGUGCAAGAGGGAGAGGAUGUGGGGGGGACAUAAGCAUAGGUGGUGAGGGCGGGGGGAUGGUGGGGGAGGGGCAUGGACCGGGUGGUAAUGGGAGUGGAGGGCGAUGGCAGUUGAUGGUGGGCGGCAUGGUGGAAACGCGCAUCGCCAUGGGGUUCGCGGCUCACAUGGCGGCUGGGCUCGGAUGCUUCCAGUGGGUUGACUUGGACACGCCACUUCUGCUCGCGGAUGAUCCAGUCUCAGGGGGAUACACAAUGGAUGAGGACCGGAUCAUCUUUCCUCCUGGACUAGGUCAUGGGGGCUCCCUGGACUGGCCAUCGCAAGCACCACUGUAGAAGAGGGAGCAGCACCGCAUGCACAUGGAGCUGGGCUGUUCUAGAAUGAUAAUUGCAUCUUGUCUCGCACUUUGUGUCUGUACAUGUAAAUAGCUCUGUAUAUAAAAGCAUGCUGUCUGA